AUGGAGCAAUACGAGCGCGCGGCUGUUGAUCCGCUCGAGGGGCAGACGGAGCAGGGCGGGGAGGAUCCCGCUCCGUCGGCGGCUCUCGCUGGCGCCAAGGAGGGCGAACAGGAGCGCGUCCCCGAGACGCACAAUCCCGUCGGCGCCGCCGCGUCGGAGGGCGCCAAGAAGCAGGAUCUUGAGGAACCUUCGCCGGAGUCCGAUGAGGCCGCGGCCGCGUCUGCCAACAUCAAGGGCGAAGACCGCGAGGCGUUCGAGGACCCUAUGGAGACUCACUUCGAGUUCCGAUCAGCGGCUGCCGACGCGACGCCGCCGUACAACUCCCUCCGCGCACGGUCAAGGAAGCAGGCCGGGCCGACGAAGUUCGUCGCCGUGGGAGCUCCCGACGGUGCCGGUUCCGAGUCGCCUGUUCUUGGCGCGUCGUCGUCUUCGGACUUCUCUGCGAUGGCCGCGCCCGGCGCCACGGUGGCGAUCGCGCACGCCUCGCCGCCCGACACCAAUCGCCGCCUGCCGUCGCGAAGCAGGAAGCAAUACUCCCCGAAGCGCAUCGCCUCCGCGGGGGCUUCAACUUCGGCGGGCGCACCGGCCGCAGGCGACCCAGCUCCCCCUGCUCGAGGCAGGAAGCAGCCCCGGCCCGAGCACUUCAUCCCGGAGGAGGCGGCAGCUAUGGCCGGCGCCAAAGCUCGCCGGGGCAACAUCGUCCUCGACAGGUUCCUCUCGUCUACUAUGGCCCGCGGCUCCUCGGCUUCGGAUUGGGUGAGGGACGUCACGGCGGAGGACGCGGGCCAGCCCGAGCGCCCGCGCGGCAUCGAGAGCUUCAGGAUCAGGGACGCGAGCCGCCACGCCGCCCGCGCCUGCGGCCUACGCGCCGCGAUCAGCCGCCUCGGAGCCUCGUGCGGCGGCGCAUCGUCGCCAUCCCCGGCGGCGCCAGGAGAGCCCGAGGGGAGCGGGACCAGGAGGCUCUACGGCAUCCUCGCCGUUCUCGGCGCUUCUCUUGCGCUCAGCGUGGCGUCCUGCGUGCUGUUCUACAUCGUCGGUCAUAGCAGCGAGGCUGCUCCCUCCGGAGAGAACCAGGACAAGGAUUCAGCAAAGGGGAUAGCUGCAUAG